CCAAAACGCGCAACCCUGAUUUCUUAUUUCUCUCUCUCCACACCCAUCUGCCCACAGACCAGCAUAACGAUAUCACCCGCCACAAUCAUUAUCAACCCAAAGUUAAACAUCGAUAUCGACAAAUCAUUCAGUUGACGUCUCUCUUCAUAUAUCCUUAGCUUCGACAAUUUAUCACGACAUAUAUCUUUACAUCACAUCAAUCCUUCAUCCUGCCUAGCAAUUGCUGCUUCUCGCGAACUCAUUCCGUAAUCAUUCAAUCUACGAGUUAUUGUCGCGACAUUGGCAUUCUCGCAUCCGGGUAAUUUGACAAUAUCGAGUCCCGCUCGACGCGACGGAAACCCGCGUCUUAUUAUACCUCUGAUGGCAAACAACGACAAUAAUGCCACCCCUAUCGGUGCGCAUGAACCGGCAUUAGUAGAAACAACACUGCUUCAAAAUUUAUUAUCGCAAGAAACGAAAGCAGGAAGUGCUGAGGAUGUCGUCGCAACACAAUCCGCGAAAGCAACUGCGCCCACCCCCGACAAUUCUCAGUUGACGACAGAUGGUCACGGGCUUGUGUUCACACCUCCUGCUGUUGAAGAAUUUUCGUCACAAACUACCACUCAAGAUGGAGGUCCAUUAUCGCAACUUUCACAACUCUCACAAUUGGCUGCCGCACAACUACCACUCGAAAGCAGUACUACUAUAACACCUACAAAAGUCAACGUCACCCUGAAUGCCAGUCAGAAGAGAACAGCAGACGGUCAUGUAAAACCAAAAACUUCAAAUUCAAGCUCAAAUUCGCCUAGUCCCAAAGCUCUACCACCUGUUCGAAGCCAUACUCGAAAUACAAGUACUGUCAGCAAUGUAUCUUCAGUCGCAAGCAGAUUGGGAGAGGUCAGUAUAAUUUCUAGAGCAAUAAGCACUUGACUGAAUCCAAACAGCUAUCUUCCGAAUUACGAACCCGCCUUUCUUAUGCAAUGGUCAAAGUCAACAAUGGAUGGGAAUCAAAAUCAAUUAACGAAGUUGAAACUAUUGCAUCACAGGCCGGAUCUCCAACAUCAUCGAACUCAACCUUCAACACUCGCAGAAAUUUUCUCACCUCUCCUAGAGCAGCUAUAGCAAAUAUUCAAGGCCAGGGAUCAACGGACGUCUUUGGACCACGACCUACAGCUGAUUUUGACCUGUACGCGCGAACAGAACCACCUUCUCGAACCUAUGAAUCAUUCUGGCGUGAUCAUUCUACUGCCAAUGGAGCUCAUUCCUAUAGACACAACUUAUAUAGCUCUUCAUAUCCACAAUCUAAAUCUCUCGCUCCUCCAGCUGAUAUACGGCCGACUGCUUCAUCCAGGCGAUCGGAUUCAAAAUUCUCAAAACCACCGUCCAUGCCAGGACAACCAAGCGCCAACUCUCACCACUCUUUCAACAUCAAUUCUGCUCCACGAACACCCAAUGCAACUGCUUAUAACCGACCCGAGCAUGCCAUGACUUCUGUAAAUAAAACGAUACAAGAACAAGAUGCAAUCGCAACAUUAUUAUCCAUGGGUUCACCGGGCAACUCGCAAUCUAUGGGGCCUACCUUAACUCCUCCACAUGGAAGUCAAACAAGUCCUCGGAAUAGCCCUCUUCGGGCAGAAUUCAGUCUUCAAAGAGCUCAGAAUGGGAAGGGUAAAGUGGGACCUCAAUCUCAACGUAGAGUGGAAUUUGCAGAAAGCGUUAGUAGUGGUGGAAGCGAAAAUGGAUAUCCAGCAGCAAGCCAUAGGAAAUCUGCCAUGAGAAAUAACCAAAAUGGUAGAAGGAUAACGGACAAAAUGCUGGAUGAAAUGGUUGAUGAGAGUAGUGAUGAAGAAGUUGAAUUACCCGUACCGCAGGGAAGACGUAUACCAGAACGUGUUUGAGAUCGUGUAACGCAGAUGGAUUCUCUUUUACUUUCUGCAUUGUGUUGUUAUUCAUGAUCUCAACUGAUGAAGUAUAUUCAAUGAGGUAUUCUUUAAGGAGUAAAUAUUUGCAUUUUUUCGGAGUAGUCGGCUUUCAAAUCAUCAUUCGGGCAUCGAUACCCUUUUAUCAUUGUAUUCGUCUUUGGCACUUUUAAAAUGCAUUUUCGGAUUAUGAGUAGGUUAUCUGAUGGGCUUGUAUAUAUCGUACUGUUUCUUUAGCUUGGUCUUUAGGUGGUUUGUGGGGAUGGAGUGUUUUGAGUAGGUGUAUUAUAUAAGUGUUAAAACAGAGAAGAGAAGGGAAUUAUUAUUUUUAUUAUUUAUUAUAUAUAUAGGAAAUAUAUAUAUGAAAUAUAUUCUUGAUAUAAAUAUAA